AUGGCACUGCUCUGGGCUACGCGUGCGCGGCUCACGCAGCAUACGCAGCGAAGGGGUACUGUCCUUCGGACGCCAGCGCUCGGUGCGACGCGAGCGGCAACGGCAGCUGCGACAAAACACAGCAGAGCGGAGGGCGGAGCCAAGCCGCUGCAAAGCUUUGACCACAGCGUGAGCUUUGAGGACAUUCGUGGCGCGUUCGAGCGCGAUGGUGCCGUGGUGGUUCGCGGCAUGCUUGAUCAGGUCGACGUCGAGGCAUUGCGCAGGGAGACGGCGCAGUCUUUCGAAUCAGCAAUGCCUGGAACAAAGGCAGCAGCUUUGUCCGCGGUGGACGCGCACGUCGCGGCCUUCUGGGGCGGCAACACGGUGCGCUUCACCCGGCUCGCAGCACGGUCUCGAACGUUUUUGAACCGCGUGCUGGUGCACCCGCUGCUGCUGCGCAUGGCUGACGCCGAGCUCCUUCCCCACUGCACGUCCUAUUGGAUGAACACGGGGCAGAUGAUGUGUCUCGGCCCCGGCGAGCGCGCGCAGUGGUUGCACCGCGACGCGCUCAACUGGCCGCACUUUUGCGCCUCACCCGCCUCGCCCGCGGCGACCUUUCUAGCAAGCACCCGCACACCCAUUCAUCGCUUCAUUGUUCGUCACCAAUAG